CUGGAAGGGGCGGGGAGGGCCGCGCUGGAGUUUGGUUACGCGCUGGGGAAGCACGGCCCUUUGGCCCCUGGCGUCAGAACGAAGGCUUAGGGUAGACAGAAACUUGGGUGGCGCAGAUCCGGGCCGGCCGGGCACCGCUCCGAGGCGGGAGGGCGGCGGCGCGUCGGUCCGAGCCGCGCCCUCGAUCCCGGAGCCCUCGGCUGCUCGCCCAACAUGGCGGCCCCCGCAGCGCGCAGUGCGAGCCUCUCGGGCCUGCUGCCUGCGCAGACCUCGCUCGAGUACGCCCUGCUGGACGCCGUCACCCAGCAGGAGAAGGACGACCUGAUCUACCAGUAUCUGCAGAAGGUGGACGGCUGGGAGCAGGACCUAGCGGUGCCCGAGUUUCCGGAAGGGUUAGAGUGGCUGAACACAGAAGAGCCUCUCUCCAUUCACAAGGACCUGUGUGGGAAAGUGGUUGUCCUCGAUUUCUUCACGUAUUGCUGCAUUAACUGUAUCCACCUGCUGCCUGAUCUCCACGCCCUGGAACGCAGGUUCUCUGAUACAGAUGGUCUUCUGAUUGUCGGUGUUCACUCAGCUAAGUUUCCAAAUGAAAAGGUCUCAGACAAUAUCAAGAGUGCUAUCCUACGAUACGACAUCACCCACCCUGUGGUUAACGAUGCAGAUGCCAGCCUCUGGCAGGAGCUUGAAGUCUCCUGCUGGCCAACACUGGUCAUACUGGGACCUCGUGGAAACAUGCUCUUUUCUUUGAUUGGAGAGGGACAUAAAGAUAAACUAUUUUCAUAUACUUCUAUUGCUUUAAAGUAUUACAAAGACAGGGGACAGAUCAGAGAUGGAAAAGUUGGAAUAAAACUCUUUAAAGAGUCUCUGCCACCUUCACCACUGCUGUUCCCUGGCAAAGUAGCCGCAGACCACGCUACAGGUAGACUGGUGGUAGCAGACACUGGGCACCAUCGAAUCUUGGUCGUUCAGAAAAAUGGACAGAUUCAAUAUAGCAUUGGAGGACCUAAUCCUGGAAGAAAAGACGGAAUGUUUUCAGAGUCAUCUUUUAAUUCUCCACAGGGUGUAGCUAUCGUGAAUAAUGCCAUCUAUGUGGCCGAUACUGAAAACCACCUUAUAAGAAAGAUCGACCUAGACACUGAGAAGGUGAGCACUGUAGCUGGCAUUGGCGUUCAAGGGACAGAUACAGAGGGGGGAGAGAGAGGAGAGAAGCAGCCCAUCAGCUCCCCUUGGGAUGUCGUGGUCGGAACCUCAGGUUCAGAGGUCCAAAGAAAUAACAUCCUGUGGAUAGCCAUGGCUGGGACUCAUCAAAUAUGGGCGCUCCUCCUGGACUCUGGCUCCCUGCCAAAGAGAAGUGAGCUAAAGAAAGGAACCUGCCUGCGUUUUGCUGGGAGUGGCAAUGAAGAGAAUCGCAACAAUGCAUAUCCUCACAAGGCAGGUUUUGCCCAGCCUUCAGGUCUCUCUCUAGCCUCAGAAGAUCCGUGGAGCUGCCUCUUUGUGGCGGAUAGUGAGAGCAGCACAGUGAGAACCAUCUCACUCAAAGAUGGAGCCGUGAAGCACCUCGUGGGAGGAGAACGAGAUCCCAUGAAUUUAUUUGCUUUUGGUGAUAUUGAUGGAGUAGGCAUCAAUGUGAAGCUUCAGCAUCCACUCGGGGUUGCAUGGGACGAGAAGAGGAAUCUGCUCUAUGUGGCAGACUCCUAUAAUCAUAAGAUUAAAGUUGUGGAUCCAAAAACAAAAGUCUGCUCAACGUUAGCGGGGACCGGAGAUGCAAAUGAUGCAGCUUCCAGUUUUGCAGAGUCAGCUUUUAAUGAGCCUGGAGGCUUGUGUGUCGGUGAGAGUAGUCGGCUGUUAUAUGUAGCGGACACUAAUAAUCACCAAAUCAAAGUGAUGGAUCUGGAAGCAAAAACAGUGUCUGUGCUUCCGAUCUUCAAGCCUGACAGUGCCGUGGUGGAUGGCCCCUUCCCCAGAGAGAAACAGAAGACAGUGCCCAAAGUGCCCAAGUCUGCCCCAAACAUCCAACUCGCCCCUGUGACUGUGUGUCCUGGCCAGACUCUGCAGCUCAAGCUCAAGCUGGACCUUCCCCCAGGAACAAAGCUGACGGAAGGUGUGCCCAGCUGCUGGUUCCUGACUGCUGAAGGCAAUGAGUGGCUUCUUCAGGAGCAGACCCCGUCUGGAGACAUAGAGAGUAUUUCCAGUCAACCCACAAUUGCCCUGCGGAUUCCCACCGAUUGCUCGUCACUUGAAGCUGUGAUCUCCAUCAGCGUGUUUCUCUACUACUGCAGUGCAGACAGCAGUGCUUGCAUGAUGAAGGGGAUCUUGUUCAGGCAGCCUUUGCAGAUAACCGAUACCCAGCCAGGCUGUGGAGCUCCUGUAGAGCUCACACAUGUAUUCUAGGAGAAGCCAGGGCCCCGUCACCACAGCCCCCAUCCGUCCUCCACCGGCCGUUGAGGGAAAAAAGCAUUAAAAAUCCAUGGCUUAGUUGUAACAACUGAUCCCAAAAUAAAGUCUCUCUCCUUAUUAACAUUUUAAUUCUAAACAAAUGGCUUCAUUUUAGCCGUGUACUAGCCAAGUCAUUGGGUGUCAUUUAAACACUAUAGCAUUAGCUUUGCUGCUGUUGGCUCGAGGCUGCAGUCCAUGCUAUAGUAGAGAAUACUGUGUUGUGCAGUUACUUCUAAUACCACCGGGUGUUUUAAAUGACCUCUGCCUUCGUCGGUGGCGGUCACAGUCACGGGACAGACCUAAGCUGUGCGCCUUUGUUUGAGUCACCUCUACUUAGUGACUCCGGUCUGUCUGAAGCCAGAACAAAAACUGUGCUCAGUAGACCCCAGAGAGCACAUGAGGGCUGCUUACUAUCUCUUCUGUGUUUUCUCAUCUGAGGUAUUUUUAAAAGAGAGUUUUAAUCUAUUUUUAUUAUAAAUUAUUUGUUUUAACAUGCCAUUAUUAAUGCCUUAUAACUUUAUACAGAAAAAAGAAAGAAUUUCUGAGAGCAUGCAGACCUCUUCUUAACUAUUUUUUUAAUGAAUAUAUGCCUAACAAACAAUGCCUAGAUCCCCAGAGACGUGCUGACCCUUGAGGUGGGAUUUAGGCCAUAUUCCUUCACAUGACAGCUUAUUGUGAUGGUGUAACUUGAUAUAAGUGAGUAUUGUAUUGCUUGGGGAAUUUACAUUUCAGUUUUAAGAGUUAAAUACAGAUUUAUUGGGUUUGGGAUUUUUGUUACUAUUUUGGUUCCCAUAUUUAGAAUUUAAAUUACGAUCACUAAUUCUGAUAUUUUUAAAAAAAAUCCCAUGUAAACCUUUAAAUUGAUGUGAUCAGUGUAAAAAAGUGUUUGAGUGCAGCUGACGGUAUAGUUGUCCUUUCAUGCUGCUCACGCUGCUUCCGUGUUUGAGUUCUUUGGCCUCCUAAGAAACAUGACUGAGAUAGAAUACAGUGAGUGGUUCUCAUUGAUGCUGUAAUUAUCAUAGAUUAUUAUCAUAAUGGUUUAAAAGCCCAUUUGUUUUUAAAACUGACUUGGCAUAUAUUUUAUUUAUUCUGAUUAUAAGAUUUCAGAAGCAUCUAUAAAUUCAAUAAGUAUCUGUAGACAGUCUGGCAUAGCAUGCCCUCCUUUUCCCCAAAAGAACUAGAUAUGAAGUGUAAUUAUUUAAGUAUCAUUCUACACAUAUAUUGGUUGAUUUUUGAAGUAGUUUUCACGGGUAAAAUUUGCUUGUUUUAUUAUUGAGUUAGCUAAAAGUUCUCUAGAGUAAGAACAUAUAGAUCAGGACUUUAAUUAGGAUCCACAGAAGCUGCUUUUUGAGAGAAAUGCAAAUGGAAAGGAUUGCCUGAGAGACCUUUGCAGCAGAGCAGCCACAGCAAAGUUCUGUAACUACGUCUGUAGCCCAUGGGCUGUGGACUGCGCCCUCCUGUAUUUCAGCCUCCUCAUUAGGUUUGUUGUAUUUCUCUUUUCCAGUUGGGCAGGGUGAGAAUAGUUUGGCUCAACUGUUCCUGAUUGAGGACAUAAACGGUAUCACUCUCUAGAACAGAGUAUAUAUGGUUUAACUAAUGUAGGAAUAAGGAUUACGCAGUUUUCACUCUAAAAAUACAAGUGUGUAUUCUGUAGUUUCAUGUACCUUAAAAAUUCCCCAAAUCCUCUUUAGAAUCCCUUGGUUUUCUUUUGUCUGGGCAGAAUGUUAGUUUAGUGUUCAGUGAUUCCCGGUCUUCGGAAUACACAGUUUGACUCCUCAUCCUCACCCCUGCCUUUCUACGCUCCUGUUGACGCUACAGUGUUAUCAGUAGUAGGUUAGUGUGGGUUUAGAAAACUCACACUGAACAGUGCACAUAGCUUCCUAGACUCAUGGGUAACAUAAAUGUCACAUAAGGAAACACUGGAAAGUUUAAAAACGUGAGGGCCUGCAGCAGCCUUCUGUUUUCUCUGAGCUGUCUGCUCUGGGGCUCCUACUGCUGAGAUAAGGAUGUUGGCCUACUUUUUGCAAAGUUGGAAAUUUGGGGAGCAUAAUGAAAAUGUGUGACUACAAUUUGGCCACAGAUUCAGAACUGACUGCUCGUUCUUGUCUAUCACCUGAAGAGACUUGAACUUAGCUGCUGCCGUCGGCAGGACAGCGUUGUAACUCAGCGGGAGAAUGUUUCUUUGCCAUGUGUAGAGACCCUGGGUUCAAUCAUCAGAGGGAGAAAAAAAAUGAAGAGUGAAGUUGUGUAGUGCACAAUAACAAGAACACUUUCAUGGAGAGUGAAGUUGUGUAGUGCACAAUAACAAGAACACUGCAGGAGGACUGCGCCAUUGAUGCUCAUAAGCGAGCAAACUCUUGGUGUUUAUUUUCAUUCUUCUCUGUCUUUCAAUGAUCAGCACUUUAGAAAGAUCUAAUAUCUUUAAAGAUAAAUCUGAAUAGUAAGCACUAAUGUAAUAGCUUUUCUAAAGCCACUUCCAUUACCAAAGAUGGGAUCUAGUUUAGAGUUCUUUCAUUUACCAGUUCCCUUUAAAGUGAGUUGGUGAGGAAGGAGUAGUCGUGGUGUUUUUGUGGUGUGGCACAGUGUGGUGGCAGGAGCAUGGACUCUGUGGCAGAGUCUAACCCUGUAAAGCAGGGCUGCCUGGGCUCCCUGCCAGGAUUCAGUGAAAUGUUCACACGGCAUUUAGCACAGAGUAAUUUAUGAACUGCUACUUAUCAGUUUUGUUACUAAUAAUGACAAUAAUUUAUGGCCGCAGACACGUGCUUGACAUUUUUUUCACAACUCCAGUUUCUAAAGCAAAAUGUUUCUUCCCCGUCUGACAUGGUAGUAUACCCGGUGGAAUCUAAAUAUUUCUUCCCCGCCUGACAUGGUAGUAUACCCGGUGGAAUCUAAAUAUUUCUUCCCCGCCUGACACGGCAGUAUACCCGGUGGGAUCUGGGCUCAAGAAGAAGGGCACUUAGUGGUGGGUGUUCCUGUUUCACCACACUGUGUCCAUAGAGGAGGGUUAAAAAGACCUUCUGGCACUUCAACCAAUGAAUCCGUUCCAUGGAGAAUCCAGACAUAGCUGGAAACCUCACCACACUCUUACAGUCUGUACAAGCAUCCUGAGAUUGUAACCGGAAUGUGCUGGGAGGGUGCUGUCUCUCACCCUAGGAUGCUGUUCUCCGGGAUCGUCAAAGUGCUUUCACGUUUAUUUCCUGGGGUGGGCUUCAGUACAACAUACAGACUAGAUAGGUGUGAGCCAUGUAGAGACAGGUGCUGCUUCGGCAUGGUGGUAGCCCGUCUGCAGGUCAGGAAGCUCCUAGGAUAGAGUCCAGUGCCUAGAACAGGGCCUAGUACAUGGGCGUGGGUGAGUGUGAUGAGUGUCCUUGAUGGCUGUGUAACUGGUGAGCAGCGGGACUGACUGGGGCUCUCACAGAUGGGGAGUGGAGGAGUAAUUCUGCGCCCACCGCCUCAGGCUUUCAAGACGGGGCAGGGGAGUCACAGUCAUUGAGUUCCUGCCUUCUGCUGGUGCUUCCCCGAGUGCUUUGUGUUGACCGUGUGUCCUCAGCACAGCCUCACAGUGGAGGACGGUCCUUCUGUCUUGCAGCCAGGGUAUAAAACCCAGAGCAGACGCUGAGGAAGUGGCAGAGCCUGGACAGUGAUCUGCCCCGCUGCCUGCCGUAUUGUCUCUUAGACAUGCAUGGUUCGCAUAGUUCGUGCCUUUGUGUAGUAAUUUAUCAAUCUGGAGGAUUCCAGGAGCCCUGGGAGUGAUGGUUUUUGAAAUUCAAAUAAUGCCAUUUAAAUUAUGUAGCUUUUCACAGACUCUUGGAAUAGUAUAUAUAAUUGUCAUUUCCCAGAGGGUUUUCUGUGCCCCAUUCCAGCCGUUAUCCUCAGUUUCUCUCAGCAGGUGUGUGCAGAAGUAGCAGUCAGGACUGUCCGAGUGGCCUCACCCCAAACAACAGGGCUGGCGCAGCCCUGAGAAGUGAGGUGGAGAAGUGUGAAGGCCUCUGCCUUCCUCCAUCCUUAAUGGUCCUGUGCGGGCAGACAGCCUGGUGAUUCACAAGUUGUUCCUGACGUCAGCUUAGCACUGCGAGCCAGUGCUGGUUCCUAACGGGCAUCCCAGGGUGGAAUUAAGUAACAUGGUAGUGAGGCAGGAUGUGUGCAGUGAGCAUGCUCUGCCCGUGUCAUGAGGGUCAUUCCUGGUGUCCGUGCCUGACCGUCCUGGUCACUUACCUUAAGGUAGACCACAGUGCCAAUCACCAAUUGCUUUUUCCACCUGUGUCCCAUAGCCUGAAUGAAGAAUUGGCACUCACCAAGUCACUGGUUUCACCCUGACCUUAAUGAAGUGUGCUUUUCUCCCAUUUCUGUGCAGUAGGGUAAUAGAAAGAAUGGUCGUAAAAGUUACAGGCUUUGGGAAUUGAGCCACACGGCAUUCGAUGGCUAAUAAAUCUCGGCUCCCACAUGUGCUGACUUGUAGUGGAGACCGGUGCUCAGCUCUCAGGUGGCUGUAAGAGCGAGCACAUGGGCUGGGAGACUAAUAGGACGAGCUCUCCUGCAGGUUCUCCUGGUGUAGCUUUGGUUUAAUCAUUGUCAGGUGAGAGGUGAAAAGCUUAAACCCUAGACACUUGUGGAAUGUGUGCCUGGGUGUAGUUACUCAUUCUUGGUGUGUGCUUUCCUCCCCCGGCACGUCACUCCAGUGUGCCUGUGGACACUGCUGUUGACAGCCUUCUGACCCAAAGGAAAGGGCUGCCAGCAUUUUCAAGAGCACUUCCCCCGUGUGCACGUCAGCUUUAGGUUAUAAGUGAACAGUAAGCCAGCAGCCCUGUGCCACAAGUGUUCUAUCUGCCCUGCCUAAGAAAUGGACUUGAGCAAAACUGCUUUUAUAUAAUCUGAAGCUGUUAAGUGUAGACACGCCGUUGGUACUCUUAGGAUGCUUAAUUACAGCUUUCCACUUGAAAAGGGGGGUCAAGAUCCUCUGAGAUAUGGGCCGUUCAAAGGGAAUUAUUAUUCUGUACCUAGUUUCAUGAGAAAAAUAAAACCUAAGGGGGGGGGGGGAACACAAGUCCCUAACAUAGCCAUUGAAUCAUCCUCUCUUUUAAAAAUUAGCUCUUUCUUCUUAGUUCCACCAGGAACAUGAGAUGGUUUUUGUUUGCAUAGAGUUGGAAUGUCUUGUUGACGCAUGCCUGUGAUGUCAUCAUUGCCAGCGCCCCUCUUGAAGUCCUUGACUUCUUCCUCAGACGUAGUUGGAGUUUCUGCAGCCUUUGAGGAGCCAGCGUUCACAAAGCUGUGAAUGGGGAAAUGUUGUUGUGAUGGUUAUUUUUCUAGAAUCUCUAGUAAUGUCUUGGUUUUCAAAGGCAAGGGUCCAGGACCCUGUGUGACUUGAGGUUUACCUGUCCGCUGUGAAGUAAAGCAUCCUAAUUGUACAUGGGCAGAUGGUGCAGUUUUCGGUCCCUCUGUAGGAGUGCAUGGAGAGCCAGGGCAGACACUGUUACUGUUAGUACUUCAUGCUUGCUGUGUAAUCAAGAUGUCCAUCUGUCUAUCCGUCCUGUAAGGAAUGUUCCCUAGACAUGUCACAUUAGAGACUUCCCCAUCUUGGGUGGCUCCAUUUUGUAGUUUCUUGUGUGAGACUAGAGGUGGUCUGCCAUGUGACUUCAUGGCUUGAACAGUGCAAGUUCAGAUACUGGUAUUCUAGACAUGCUUUGGUCUAAAAGAAUUUACCUGCUGUGCAUUUUUUAAGUGUUUAAUAAAGAUUGAAUAAUAUAUUUUUAUGCAACUCUGUAUUUUACAUUUAUUUGUAGACCAAACUCUUGAGUGGAUUUUUAAAGUGUGUGGUUAGAUGGAAUGAGAGCUUGGUGGCCUUCAUCAACUCAAAGGAAGUGCAGUUGUUGGGUCCUGGGAAGUGGGAGUAUUCUACUGUACAUGGAAACCUAAACCUCUUUUACAAAGCUUUGUACUUUUUUUUCAUGAAAUAGAUUAAAUAUUUUCUCUCUAAA